AUGGCUCUGUGUUACCUCUCUGUGGAGCUGAGGCGACACUGCCCCGCUGUCGUUUACCAGCACUCAGGAUACAGCGUGUCCAUGCCAACCCUAAUACCAAUAAGGCGGUUAUUAGACCAGCUGGAUUCCUGCAACUCAGCUGUCUCGACCUCCAGGAGAACCAGAGCAAUUAGAGUCGUCUCGUCUGAGCAUCACCAGCCUCCGUUCGAGCCCCCCCCGCGGGGUCGAGCCCCCUCAGGGUCAGGGAUGGGAUCCGCUGGGCUCCUCCGCAAUCUGGACUUUCUGCUCAUCUCCCUCCUCAGCAGUUUAUGUCUGGUAUACACAGAUGAUGUGCUCACGAAAGAGGAGCAGAUAGGCCUGUUGUUCAGAGCCAAACGGAAGUGUGAAGGAAACAUCAAGUCAAAGCACAAGGUUCCUGAUGGUUUCUGCUCACCAGAAUGGGAUGGCAUCGUUUGCUGGCCUGAGGGGCCUCCGGGGAAGCUCGUCUCCACCGCCUGUCCGGAGUACAUCUACGACUUCAACCAUAAAGGACUAGCAUAUCGUCGGUGUGACGACAACGGAACGUGGGAGUUGGCCACUAUCAACAAGACGUGGGCCAAUUAUAACGAAUGUGCAAAAUUCCUCUACCAUUACAACCACAGCCAUGAAAAGGAGGUCUUCCACCGUCUGUAUCUCAUCUACACAGUGGGCUACUCCAUUUCUCUGGGAUCCCUCAUGGUGGCUGUUACCAUCUUGGGAUAUUUCCGACGCUUACACUGCACCAGGAACUACAUCCAUAUGCACCUAUUCGUGUCCUACAUGCUGAGAGCCAUAAGUAUUUUCGUGAAAGACAUCGUACUCUACUCUGGAUCAGCCUUAGAGAACAUGGAAAGAGUCACAGUGGAAGACCUCAAGUCCAUCACCGAGGCUCCACCAGCCAAUAAAACACAGUUUAUCGGAUGUAAGGUGGUGGUGACCUUGUUCAUGUACUUUCUUGCAACCAAUUACUACUGGAUCCUCGUGGAGGGCCUGUACCUCCACAGCCUCAUUUUCAUGACCUUCUUCUCAGACAGAAAGUAUCUGUGGGGAUUUACUCUGAUUGGUUGGGGGGUACCAGCCAUGUUUGUGACAAUUUGGGCAACUGUGAGAGCCACGUUUGCGGACACAGAGUGUUGGGACUUAAGUGCAGGCAAUUUGAAAUGGAUUUACCAAGUGCCUAUCCUGGCAGCUGUCGUGGUUAAUUUCAUGCUAUUUCUGAACAUCAUCCGAGUGUUGGCGACUAAACUACGAGAGACAAACGCUGGACGCUGUGACACAAGACAACAGUACAGAAAAUUGUUGAAGUCCACGUUGGUGCUGAUGCCCCUGUUCGGUGUCCACUACAUCAUAUUCAACGCCAUGCCGUACACAGAGGUGUCAGGAGUCCCCUGGCUCAUCCAGAUGCACUACGAGAUGCUGUUUAACUCCUUCCAGGGAUUCCUCGUCGCAAUUAUAUAUUGCUUUUGCAAUGGGGAGGUACAAGCUGAGAUCAAAAAGACGUGGAGCAGGCGGACUCUGGCACUGGACUUCAAAAGAAAAGCUCGGAGUGGCAGUAACACAUACAGCUACGGACCUAUGGUGUCACACACCAGUGUUACCAACGUCACUGCCAGAGGGCCGCUGGCGCUGCACCUCACGACCAGGCUGGGCCCGGUGCCGGUGAACGGGCACAGGAACCUGCCCGGGUACGUGAAGAACGGCUCGGUCUCAGAGAACUCCAUCCCUUCGUCGGCACAGGAGCUCCACAUUCCCGAGGAGGAGCACUCAGCUGCCACGAGGCCCUGCGAGAACGAGAAACCCUCGCCUGUGGUCGAGGAGGAGCGGGAAACAGUCAUGUGACCGCCAGGCCGCUGUACAUGAAAACUACAUGAACAAAUCAUCAACACGGCGGCAGGAAGGUCUGAAGGGGACGACUGCAUGCGUCAACACUGCCAGUUUAUCUUCCUCCUGUGAAUCGAGCCUGAACUGUACAGACCGAUGAGGCCCCAGGCGAAAAAGUGUUAUCAGUCAUGUGAGCUUCAUUUUUGUGGCGAAUACUCUUCACAGAAGCACCUGCCACAGUGAAUGUGUAAAAGGCUGAAAAACUGUAUUUCUUUUUCCAUCGUCGUUAUCUCGUUCUCUCAUCGCUUCUGUGGCAAACGUCUCGUGCUCAGCUUUUGUGCAUAAAUCAAACCGAGGUCAGUCGCAGUCGUCACCAGGAACAGCCUUAAUCACCGAUGUAAAGGGAGUUAGAUUUGGAGUGCGCUCAGUGGCCAUUCCAUCAGCCACUGGUUUCCAGAUUAAGUCAGUGUGAGUAGACCAAGUUCACCCUCGGCAUAAGAAGAGGACUUAAUGCUACUAUUAUGGGACGACUGUUCAUUUGUUCUGCAUCGACUUGUAUCCACUUCAGUGUAAAAGGGAAGGUACUCAGGUAAUUAAAGUCCUCUGUUGUUGCGCACCUGUUUUUUAUACUUUUAAAGUGGUGUUUUAGCCUGGUCAGCGUUUCUCUUCAGAGGACGUUAUAUAAGGCUUGUGUCAAAUAGUCCGUUUUUUGUACAGUUUGUGCUGUUUAGUAUUCAUCGCUCUAAUUACAACAGAUGUCGAGGAGUUCAAAUGAAUGUUUCAUAUUCAAAUUCUCUGCAAAACACACACACACACACACAACAUGAUGCCAAAGUGAGAGUAUUUCUUUGAAGAAGUUGUCUCUGUCAGUGUUAGCUGAGGUAAAGAAGAACUUAAUGGAAAUCUGACACAAAUAGUAUCAUGUGUUCUCUGCAAAGUUUUCAAAGGAAGAGAGACGCCCCCCACCCCCCCAUUCCAAAACACAGGGUGCAGGAAAUGGCCGCAUUUUGCAGUGGAAUGUUAAUUAAAUGAGGAAUGAGGAAAAUCUCAAAUUCACUUGGAAUUCCGAAGGUGACAUUUGUGGCGGAUAUGAAGGAAAACCCAGAAAUGAAUAACACACAGUAUAGUUUUUAAAGAUGGUCCAGUGUUAUGCUGCUUUUUGAUGUAUAUAUACAAGUCACAAUGUUUACAAAGGUCAGAAAUACAUUCUAAUUGUGAGCUAGUAAUCUAAAUGUGUAUGGAUAUGUUGUAAAGCUAUGUUUCGGUGUAUAUCUCUUUUUUUCACGUGUUUGUUUACGGAAUGUUUGCAAUAUUUGAUUCAUGUAAAUAGUCCCCCCCAAAAAAAUAUGUUGAAUAUAUUUACAGGUGACCGAGGGCAUUCAAACUGGCAUUUCAUGAAGCAGAGAGAUUUUAAACUUAAUUCUCUUAACCUACAUAGUUUGCAGGUUAGGUCACAAACUCCAUUAUACCAAAGAGAAAAGGUCAUAGAGAAAAGGUCACGGUGUUAACUGCGACUAAAACGUCUUAAAGUCAACCUCUCCCCGGAAGAAAAUAACCUAAAGUGCUACUGAUAGUUAGUGUAGGAAAACGAAAAGAGUUCAGCCCCCGUGUAGAUUGAUGUUUUUAAAUAUAAAAUACAAAAUGUCAUGUAAAAUAAACAAAAUUCAAAAAAUGUUGUGUCAAUGGAGAAAACAACUCUGUGGCUCAGUAACAACAAACUGACACUGACUAUCUAAGAAUAUAACUCAGUUUAUAAAUCCAGAUUGACAAAUUGAAUCAUAAGGAGCUUUCACAUCUUCCUUGUUUGGUCAAGAUCUGCAGACUUCGCAGUUUAAUAAGAACAAACCAUGACUGGGACCGACUGACCAAAAUGUAGUCCGACCAAAAGAGUUGGUCUCAUAUAUUUUUAGGUAUUUUCAGAUAAUUUCAGACCAAUUUCAGGAAGUUGAGAUGGCAGAUGUGGAGUUUUCGCUUCUGACGACAUAAUGUUUGCAACACGAGGACUUUGAUUUGGGGCAUUCCGACUUGUGUCAACAGUUGGUCAUGCUGGUAGUAAAACCAUUAUGAUAUUACAACGACAUUGCCUGAAUAAAUCGGUCUAUUAAUUUUCUCCAUUCAAACAGAAACAUUACUACCUGUUGAACUGACGUCACUCCCUAAAUUACAAUGGGAAACCAACACUAGUGUAAAGAAUUUUGCAAAAACAUGACAUUUGGGUGUGAAAACACUUCAUAGUCAAAUAUAUCUCUGAUGGAUUGUUAUUCACAUCAGAUUCAGAAAAAUGUAGUUUUUCUUUUGGCCACCAUGGUUUGUGGCGAGCUCUCUCGUCCAGUGUGACUUCACACUGACUGAGUUAUGCUCCCAUUACACAGAUUUGCUCGGAUUGUGCUUGACUCAUUCCUUUAAGGUUAAAUCCUGGUUUGCUCAGUUUGUACUGGCCUCAAGUCCAUCCAGCAGAUUUCCACUCCAUCUCAAAGAGUAAAUUAGAAAACCCUAAAUCAUGUUACAAACAGCCUUAACUGUUUUUUCCCAUCAGGUCGUUCUUUAUUAGAUAAAUCCAUAUUCUUCAUAUUCUAUACGUUUCUACUAACAGACUAAAUGGACCCAGCUCGGACGUUUGCACGAGGAUCGCUCGAGACUGCGACUCGAAGGUUGAGUGGAUUGUCUGCAGCAGUAAUUACAUGUGGCUGCAGGCCACAGAGACGGAAAAAGACCGAGACUGAGGGAACCCUCUAUAGAUAUUACAGUUUCAUACCAUCAGUAGAGUUUACAGUAUGUACAAGAUUUAAGACUGCAUCUGACUGAGGGAGUUGUUCCUCGGUUUCACUCAGACUUUCCACCAACUGCCGCUGGGCAAGUAAACAUGUUGCCGUUGCAUAAUCCAGGUUCUUAAUUAAAAAGAGGGGCGGAAUCAGAGCAUGAAAAUAUUUUAUUAUGAAAGAAAAACACUUGGUAAAUUAUAUAUUUGAGCACUUUAAUACCCUAUGUUACAGUAUUUUGUUCUGAUUGUAUCAUGUAAAAUGAUUGUGUUUUGGAAUCAAGUGUACCAUAAGGCCAAUAACCAUAGAGCUAAUGUUGUAUUUCAUUAUUUUCAAAUACCUCUCAUGGAAGUAUAUAAUGUGUUUUGUAUACAUUGUCUUCUAUUUAUCUUGUGCCGAGAUGUGCUCAGUGGCGUGGACGUCGUGCUUCAGACGCAGCGUGUGAGCGGAGUUCUCCGACACACGUCUCACUUUCUCAUAACUCCAUCGUGAUGUGGGCACGUUGUAGAUAUCAGUGUAAACGUGGAAGGUAAAAUAGGAAGAUGGUUCCUGGUCUUAUAAUGUUCAUCAGUGAAUUGUGAAUAAGUCAAUAAA